GGCGUGCGGCGACCAAUGGGAGACGAGCUUAUUUUGACCAAUCAGAGCAGAGCAGCCUGGAAGUGACGCCGUGCUGCUUGGAUCUUGGAGAAUCAAGCAUUCGUUGUGUCGCUGUUUUCUAUUCCUUUUCGCAGUUUGUUCCUUGCCGAUCUGAGUCGCAAUGGCACGUACUAAGCAGACCGCCCGUAAAUCCACCGGAGGAAAGGCUCCUCGUAAGCAGCUGGCUACCAAGGCUGCUCGUAAGAGCGCCCCAUCCACCGGAGGAGUGAAGAAGCCUCACCGUUACAGGCCCGGUACUGUUGCCCUCCGAGAAAUCAGGCGUUACCAGAAGUCAACUGAGUUGCUGAUCCGCAAGUUGCCUUUCCAGCGACUUGUUCGUGAAAUUGCGCAGGACUUCAAAACUGAUCUCCGUUUCCAGAGUGCUGCCAUUGGUGCCCUCCAGGAAGCCAGUGAGGCCUACUUGGUCGGCUUGUUUGAAGAUACUAACUUGUGCGCCAUUCACGCCAAGCGUGUGACCAUCAUGCCGAAAGAUAUUCAGCUGGCGCGGCGAAUUCGUGGUGAACGUGCUUAAGUCACUGGCAGCUGUUUUUUUAUUUGUUUUUAUAUCACCUUUUGGGAUGAUUAUUGUCGACAGUGAAUGACAACUCCCGAGGACUCUGUCUUCUUAGCUAAAUCAGACAUCUACUUUCACUGCCAGGGAGUUGAGAUAGAGAAUGUCGAGGAUUUAUGAUGUUUGGUUUUUAAGACUGGAUUCAAUUCUUACCUUUCAGUGUGUAAUGUAGUGUGUGUUCAGUUAUAAGUGCUUCUGUGUCACCUUUAAACUGAGGCCAAUACAUGUAUUGUGCUUUGCCCAAUAACAUUGUUUUCAUUUUUGACAUGUUGAACCAAUCAAAUCCUGGUAAUUAAUUCUGAUCUGAAGUCCAUGACUGGCAAUGAGACUUAUAAGCAAUAUAACUUGUGGGCUAGUGUGCACAUGUAAAACUUAUUUGCUGUAGUCUUUGCACCCAUUUACCUAUUUGGGCAAAGGGCCUCUAUGAUUUGCAUUAUUAGCUGAUAGAAAUAUUUGGUCGUUCUAAUUGUAUCCUUUUAUUGUUUUAAGUUCUGUCAAACAUUUUGUACAGAAAUGUUAGUGGUGCAUUACACGUGUUGCACUAUUGUAACACUUUUUAUUUAAUUAAACUUAGGUUACCUUAUUCCAAA